UCAGAAUAUUUGAAAACAAAACAUUAAAACAUAACCAGAAUAAAAUCAAAUAGAAUAAGAAAAACAAAACCGGAAUAAAGGAAGAAAACAAUAUCAGAAUAAAACUAGAGAACAAAAGCAGAAUAUUUACAGAAAAACAUACAAAAUCAGAAUAAAAUCUGAACAAUUAAUUAUUCCCUCAUUAUUAAGGAAUGGUUAGCGCCUGUGCUGGAUGUAAUAAAAUGUUUGUUUGGUUAACAAAAACAUUGCCCAGAUGUUUUGUUUUUAGGCCUGUUUGGACAUCAGCAAUAACCGGAUCCAUUGCAGGAAUGGCCUACUUAGCCUUCUCAGAGCUUUGUUUAAUUAUGCGAAUAGAUGACCCUCUCGAUGCUUUUGCUGUUCACUUUGGGGGUGGAUUGUGGGGGUUAAUUAUUAAAUUUGAUGAAGCAUUAUGGCAACUUUGUUGGCAAAGUGUUUGUGCCGUAGCAAUAAUUGUUUGGUCAGCACUUGUAUUAACUCCAGCUUUUCUAAUUUUAAAAGCAUUUGGAAAAAUGAGGGUGCCCAGAGAAGUAGAGAUACGUGGAUUGGAUAAAUUUAAACAUGGGGAGGCAGCAUAUCCUUUGACUGCUUAUGGACACGGAUGGGGGGAUGGAACUGAAUUUGUAAUUACUCCAUUACAGGAUGUUGGGGGAGAUGCUGUAAAUGGUAAAAAAACAUAA